CAUUCUCCUCCGAAGCUCCGCCUUCUGACCAUCGCAAAUCUGGGUAUGUGAGAAAUGAGAGGCAGCCGAAAUCCGUCCGGACCCACUGCGUGAACACAGAGGUCCAGUCCUGCUCAGAGCCAGAUGAUGGCCGCGGCUGUGGAGAGAGGAGGGGUCCGGGCCGCCUUCCUGAGCCCGGGCGGCGGUGCACCCGCUCCCGCAGCCGCCGCCGCCGCGCCCGCGGGAGGACCAGCCAUAGCCGGAGCCCCGGGAUCGGCUCCCAUCAUGCCCGUGCCCAUGAAUUUAUUCGCAACGUGGGAGAUUGACCGCUCAUCACCAAGCUGCGUGCCGAGGUUGUGCAGUCUGACGCUGAAGAAGCUGAUCGUCCUGAAAGAGCUGGACCGGGAACUCAGUUCUGUUGUGAUUGCCGUCAAAAUACAGGGCUCGAAACGCAUCCUGAGGUCCAACGAGUACAUGCUUCCCCCGAGCGGAUUGAUGGAGACAGACCUGGAGCUUUCUUUCUCGCUGCAGUAUCCACACUUCCUGAAGCGAGACGCCAACCGGCUGCAGAUCAUGCUUCAGCGCAGGAAACGCUACAAAAACAGGACUAUUCUGGGCUACAAGACGCUCGCCGUGGGGGUUAUUAAUAUGGCUGAGGUGAUGCAGCAUCCCACAGACGGAGGGCAGAUUUUGGGUCUGCACAGUAAUGUGAAGGAGGCGCCGGUGCGAGCAGCAGAGCUCAGUGUUUAUUCACUAUCCAGUCAACCAAUCGACCCGGAGGACGGCAGUGGACAGCCCGAAACCAAGGCCAAAACAUCAGACCGUUCUCCAGAUAUGGAUAACUACUCUGAGGAUGAUGAUGAUAGUUAUUCGUCAGAGCAAGAGGCCAGUGAUGAUGCUGUUCAAGGCCAGGACCUUUAUGAUGAGGAUGACGAUGUGCAGAGGAAGCCAAAAAAAUCUCGAAGGAAAAUGAUAAGAACCACAUCUAUGACCCGGCAACCCAAUUUCAAGCAGAAGUUUGUGGCUCUCCUGAAGAGAUUCAAAGUGUCUGAUGAGGUGUUGGACUCGGAUCCGGUGGAUCAGACACAGGAGGUGGAAGAUCUGGAUCUUCUGUACGACAGUCUGGAGGUUUAUAACCAGAGCGACAGCGGCCCAGAGAUGGAGGACAACGAAAGUCUCCUCAGCACCCCAAAACCCAAACUCAAGCCGUUCUUUGAGGGAAUGUCUCAUUCCAGCUCACAGACGGAGAUCGGCAGUCUGCACAGUCAGAAGAGCCAGCCGAGAGACACGCCGGCUGCUUGUGGUGAUCUGUUAACAGUGGAUAAGAACAGAGCAGUAUCGAGCCGAUAUCCAGACGACUCUACAGUAGUGGACUCCACAGCAGCGGAGCUGCCGGAGGACGAGGCGGGCAGUGGUGUGGCAGUGUGUGACAGCAACAUGAGCUGGGACACAAACACAGAGAAGACAGUAGGAGCGCUCGGAAAACUCUGCAAAGCUGAGUCUCAGACACACAUGUCACCCAGUAAAGCGGACAGUAAACUGCAGAGGCGUCCUCGCAGCACAUCCAUGAAGGACCGGCAGAACUCCAAAGCUCAGAGCGACCGCACCAGCAGCAUCGAGAGCGAGACCUCGCCAGACUCACGGCUCAUCACGCAGGUUUGUGUGCCUAGGAAAUCAGUGUACGAUCAGCUCAACCAGAUCCUGAACUCGGACGAACAUCUGCCCGAAAACAUCAUCCUGAUUAACACUACAGACUGGCAGGGGCAGUAUCUGAAUGAGCUUCUGCAGGAGCACAAGCAGCCCAUCGUGUCCACAGUUUCCCCCGCAGACGUCCAGGCCGCCUUCAACACCAUCGUCACCAGGAUCCAGAGAUUCUGUAACUGUAACGCUCAGACUCCUCCCACCAUGAAAGUGUCCGUGGCUGGAGAUCAGAGUUACCUGAGUUCAGUCCUGCGCUGCUUCGUGGAGCAACUCGCCAACAAAACCCCCGACUGGCUCAACUACAUCCGCUUCCUGCUCAUCCCUGUCGGUUGUCAUCCUCUGGCCAAAUACAUCUCUACGUUUGACAGCAAGUUCAACAACAUCUUCAUGGACACAGGAUGGAGGGAUGUUUUCAGCAGGCUAGAAGCUCCCUCUUCAGAUAAUAUUGAUGUGGCCGGACGCGUCUCUCAGUAUCUGGCUGGAGCCAAUCUGUCGCACCAGUUCCCCAUCUCUGAAGCAAUGCUCACCUAUAAACAGAAAAGGAAAAGAAGUUUGUAUUUUGAUUUUUACAUCAGCCCUGAUGAAGACUCCUGCCAGAAGUUCGUCCCCUUCAUUGGGUUGGUGAAAGUGGGAAUUGUGGAGCACAGCUUGUCCACUUCAGUGGACUCUGAUGACGCAGUGAUGGUGGGCAGUGUGAACAUGCUCUCCUCACCUCCAGCUCAGACGGGAACACCGUACGGGAAAGACAUGACCUCCACCCCUCCGUCAUCACCCUCAGUUUCUGCCAGUCUGUCUGGAGCAGGUUCUCCAGGCACUGGUGGUGAGGUGAUGGGUCUUCAGGUGGACUACUGGACGUUGCAGGGCACAGAGAAGAAGAAAGAAGGUGAAAAACGAGACGUGGGGAUUAAAAACACCCUGAAGAGUAACUUCCGCUCGCUGCAGGUUUCUCGAAUCCCCAACGGAGGAGAGCCGACGCCUCCGCCCGGCAUGGCCAUGACCGUCGUCAUGAAAGAAAAGAACAAGAAAGUGAUUUUUCUGAGCAAGAAGCCAAAAGAGAAGGAUGUGGACUCUAAGAGUCAGGUGAUCGACAGCAUCAGUAGACUGAUCUGCACCGCCAAACAUCAGCACACCAUGCUGAAGGUGUCUAUUGAUGGUGUGGAGUGGCACGACGUGAAGUUUUUCCAGCUAGCCGCGCAGUGGCCGACUCAUGUGAAACACUUCCCUGUUGGAAUCUUCGGCUACAGCAAGCCAGUGUGAACUUCUCCGGCGGGACAAAACAAUGGAUUUUCCUGUGGAAAUGGUCAAUUUGAACGCCUGUGUCCUCGACAGAAACGUUGUUAUUGAUGUUACUUGUCAUUUUUGUUGCUUUGGCGGUGAAAGGAACAUCGGCGUGUUUGAAACAAACGCUGUCUUUUGUGUUGAGACCAGCAGCACAUGUUGUGGUAGGAAUCGUACAGACACGUACGGCAGCUUCAGUUUGCACUUUGUUGGGUUAUAGUUUGUUAUUAUUUCUGUGAAAUUUUCCGUGUUGAUAAUUGUUCUAUGUACAAUAUUAUAAGGGUGGGAUUUAUGAAGUGAGCUUGAUUGAAAUUUGUACUUGUGUGCGGUUUGGUAAUUCUGUGGUAAUAUUUAAAGGGGCUAUAUGUUAUUAGCCUUGUUAUUGGCGACACCGGUGGCCGUUUAAAGAACUGCAGCCGGUCAAUUACUUGUACUUGUGCAAACUUAACACACAAGAGACUGACCAUGAUUUAGAGUCCCAAUAUACUAAUAGUGAAGUUUGGAAAUAUCAACUUUGUUUUUCAAGCUAAAUGUUAUUAGCGACAUCGGUGGUCGUUUAGUGAACUGCAACUUACUUGUAUUCAAUGUACAUGAGACGGAAUGUGAUUCAAAGGCCCAAUAUGCUAACAGCAAACAUUUUUUGCAUACAAAGUUGAAUUAAAUUAGCUAAAUGUCAUUAACUUAGUUAUUAGCGACACCGGUGGCCAUUACAUGAACUGCAACUUACUUAUACUUGUGCAAACUUAACGUACAUGAGACAUGAUUUAGAGCCCCAGUAUGCUAACAGCGAAGACCUUUUACUUAAAAAAAUGCAACAUAGUAACUUUUUUAGUAAGCAUGAUGUCAUUAGUUUGUUAUUAACAGGGGCGGCUAAUGGAGCAGACAAUUUUGCUUCAAUUUUUAAUUCAUGCAACAAUUUAGUAGUUUGACCAACAUUUGAAGUCGCUGCUUCUUCCUUAACUGUUUUCGAGUGUA